AUGUUUACCAGAUGCUUAGUGUUGUUGAGACGUCUUUCAGACGAUCGUGUUUUUUCAUUACUUGAUCCGGUGGUGGAUCGAUUUUGCUUAUCAAUAUUGCCUCAAAUUCGUCACAAAAUCAAUUACCUUGUACUUGAAUCAUCAUCUGCUGAACGUAUUCUUACUAUUGAUUAUCCGAAUAUAUAUGGUCUCAGUUUGUAUAAUAUUAACGAAGAGAUUGCUCAACGGUGGUUCAUUGAUUCAUCUCCUUUGUUCGAUAUUUUCAACAAAAAAAUUCGGUCACUUUGUAUUCGAAUCGUCGAUAAAGGAUCCAGAAGCACAGAUGGUAAUUUGGUGGCGUGCGUCUUUACAAAUAUUCUAAAUGUGUUUAACAAUCUACGUUAUCUAAACUGCAAUACGUUUGAGCGACGACGUUUAAGACGAUUAUCAUUUGAUGAAAAAUCUUUCACAUUUGUAUGUUCAACUUUAACAGAAUUACGUAUCAACGUCGUGUACUUGAACGAUUGUCUCCAGAUGCUCACUGGUGGCUUAAAUCAGCUGCGUACAUUUUAUGUGAAUAUCGAGUGUGUUUUCUCGAAGGGCAUGAUUAAAGACAAUAAGCCGGUGCCUCAUCUGAAAUGUUUUUCAUUGACGUGUCGAUCAGAAAUGUAUACGCAUAAGUACUCAAUCGUUCCGCUUAUCCGACGAAUGCUGAAUCUAGAAGAACUUUCGUUGUACAUUGUUGUUGGUCAAUGUACGUUUCUCGACGGAAAUGCUUUGAAAAAUGAUUUUAUUAAUCAUUUACCUCGAUUAAACAAGUUUGCCUUUAGCAUUCGUUCUGUUCUUCUUGGUCCUGAUCCAGCUUAUUUUGUAUCGAAUGAAGACAUACAACAGACGCUGAAAGAUCUUGGAGAUGUUCCAGUUCGAUCCUAUGUUGAUUAUUUUCCCAGCGAAAAAACUGGUCAAUGCCAUUUCUAUUCCGAUCCAUAUACAUUGACAUAUUGCGAUCGUAUUACCAACAGCUUUCAAGGAAGAUUAUUUAACUGUGUUCGUGAAGUAUCACUAUUCGAUGAUCGUCCUUUUGAACAUGAGUUUUUCGUUCGAAUUGCACAUGCAUUUCCAUUUCUGGAACAAUUAACUGUGAGUAAUGAAACACCACAAGAACAAAAGCUGAACAGCAAUAACAGAGAAUUCCCAAUUAUUCAAUAUCCUCGUCUGAUUGAACUAGAUUUCACCAAUGUUCAUGAUGAUUACAUUGAGCAAUUUCUGCUCGAUACCAAGACUUGUUUACCACAAAAUAUGACGCUUUAUAUCUCUUACGACUCUUUGAAGAGAGUAACAAGGAAUUUCAGAAGAGCUACGAUGCGAGUCAAUUGUUGUCAGAUUAGUAACGUGCUUACCUACGAUAAAUUUCCAACAUCGAAACGUUUAACCAAGUAUUUUCUUAAUGCAUACAUAUCUACUCAACGCUACAGUGCGGAAAUAUAA